CGUACGAAGGUCGAGCCGACGGAACCGUUCCGAAGUGAUUGCAUUCCAGAGCUGAUCUACCAGUAUUAUGGCCUGGCGGGACGCCCAGAUGCGAGUAUCAACUCUGCAUUUGAAGAGUUCAGCAAAGUACCGCUGAACCUUAUCGCCCUCUCGUGCAAUGCAAUCGAAGCAGCAUUGAUGGAGGUGGCAUCGCACAACCAAGCUACUGUGACGGUGUUCUCGAACAAGAAUUUUGCGGGAAAAUGGGAUGGAGUGAUGGCAGUUCUCGAGACCUUGGAAGAUCGAGCCACCGACUAUCUGGAGGAGACGCGCGAAUUGAUUUGGAAGGACAUCAGUGGUUACAGCACUCGUCUCAAUGCCGCACCUGAUGCAGUCGAGGCGUCGGGGGACGAGCAGCCAGGUGGCUUCAUACCGCUGCUGCAGUUACGCCGUGGCGCAUCCAAGCCGCGGAGCCACAGCAAGGAGCCUGGCACGUCAAAGGCCGCGACCGCGACCAAGCCUUUGUCGAGCGCAGCAAAAGCUAAGCCAUCGAGCUCAUCAAAGACCACGAAGAACGCGGAGUCGGCGAAGGGGAAGAAGACACCUCCCAGCUCGAAGAAGACACCUCCCAGCCCUUCGAAGAAACCUCGGAGCGCAGGCGCCGCAUCGUCGAAGUCUAGGAAGAAACGACGUGGUGACCAGGAAGAUGAGGGUGACGAGGGCGAGGCAGGCGGCGAGGCAGGCAGUGGCGAUGACAGGGAAGGUGAUGCUGGAGGUCGCAGCGAAGUCGAUGACGGUGAGGGAGUACAGGUAGAUGAGCUUCAAGAGUCUGGGCAAGAACCUGUUGCGGGCACACCCACUGAGGAAGGUGCCUGA